ACUAAGUCUCAUAGUAGCAAAGAUAGAGAAGGCUAUUGUUGAUGGCUACUGCUGCCAGUUUCUCACAGCCAUCCAAAUGGUUCUCCAACAAGAGCUUCAAGCUGAGCCUGCAGCGGUUCAUUCGCUCCAAGCCCAAACAUCCAUCGUCGCCACCGCCUGCAGCUAAAGGCCCAGCGACUGACGACUUCCGCGAAGCAUUCCGCCUCUUCGACGGCGACGGCGACGGCAAGAUAUCGGGGGAGGAGCUCCGGUCCUACUUCGCGUGGGCCGGCGAGGAAGUGGCCGCCGAGGAGGCCGACAGGGUGAUCCGCGACUUCGACUCCGACGGCGACGGCCUGAUGGACUACGGCGACUUCCUGCGGCUCGUGCUCGAGAAGGGCGACGGCGGGGACGACGAGGACCUGCGGCGAGCGUUCGAGAUGUUCGAGGCGGAGAAGGGGGCCGGGUGCAUCACCGCCACCGGUCUGCAGCGGGUCCUGAGCCGCCUGGGGGACGCACCGUCCCACGAGGAGUGCACCGCCAUGAUCCGAGCUCACGACCUCGACGGCAACGGCGUGCUCGACUACCACGAGUUCCAUCGCAUGAUGACGCUGUCUUAAAGCUCAUGCGUGCAUGUAUGCAUGCAUGCAUGCGUUGCGUCGUCCAUGCUCUAACGUAGCUCAGCUCUCAUUUGGUGUUUUAGGAGUGAGAAAUGCCACCUUCAUGCAGAUCUCUUUAGUUUAGAUGAUGCAUUAAAACAACAUGUACUUCUCUUGUGAGUGUUUGAUCACUUGUGAUCUGAAAUGUAGGAAGAAGGUAGAUAUAAAUAUCCUUUCUCUCUUGCAAUAACCGUG